UUUCAAUCACGACAAAGAGCAUCUUCCCAGAAUAAAUGGGAGACCAUAAUAGUAUAUUUAUCUUUGUUUCCAUUUCUUAGUGUCUUUUCACUGUAAUUAUCAUCGGACUCUGGUGGCCGUCUAUGUCUGACAUUUGGCCUCGUGCGUACCGAGCAAAACAAACGGUCCUGAUUCAUGAAACCACAUCAAAACAGUAUCGAGACCGUCAGUAUAUAAUAACAACUGCACAUGCGAAGCACUCUAUCAUUUCCCCCUCUUCUUCACUUCCUCGGUUCAAACCCUAUUAAGCCUCGUCCUCGCGUACGGCAGCUUCUAACAGAAAGAUACACAAACCCUAGAGAGCUCUUCUCUCUCUCCGUUUCUUACCUUUUUUUUUUCCUUUUCAUGGAUUGAGACAACAAAAGCGGAAUAAAUCAAAGUCUGCGCUCAUACGUACGAGUCACGCCGUUCUUCUCUGUGAUUCGAGAACAAGAUGAUGCCUCGCACGUGCUCACAGUGUGGCACCACCGGCCACAACUCCCGAACAUGCUCCGACGGCAGCAACGGCGCCUGCGAGAAUAGUAUCUUACUGUUCGGGGUGCGAGUCACGCAAGGGAACUGUUUCAAGAAGAGCGCUAGCAUGACGGAUCUACAACAGUACGAGCAGUCGCUGCCUCAGGAUUCCAACGCCGACGCCGGUUACGCCUCCGAUGAUGUCGUUCACGCUUCCGGUCGUAGCCGCGAGCGAAAGAGAGGCGUGCCAUGGACGGAAGAGGAGCAUAGGCUAUUCCUGGUGGGGCUUCAACAGGUGGGGAAAGGUGAUUGGAGAGGGAUUUCUAGAAACUUCGUGAAAACUCGUACACCAACUCAGGUAGCCAGUCAUGCUCAGAAGUACUUCCUCCGUCGCCAUAACCAGAACCGGAGACGCCGGAGAUCUAGUCUGUUUGAUAUCACCACCGAUACGGUGAUGGAAUCCUCAGCGACAGCAGAAGAAGGGAGAGUCCACCAAGAAUCAGUACCGCCGAAAUAUCCCCAUUACGGUGGCAUUGGCGGUUCUGCUUUUCAGAUGACGCUGUCCCCGCCGAUGAAACCUAUGGGAGCUAAGCUGAUAAGGCCUACGCCGAUCCUGCCAGUUGCUCCGUCGCCGAAAAUGGCAAAUUUAAACUUGAGGGAGGAAGGUCACGUGGCCGACACUCUGCCGGCGAGCAAGGAGAAGCCGUCGUUGGCUUUCGAGGUGAUGUCAGGAAAGCUGAGCGGUGCCGGCGACAGCAAUAGCAUGAUCAGUGUUGCUUGAAGGUGCGAUAUAGAAGGUUACUUGCAGAGUAAUAUUUGUCGCAGACUGUACAGAGCGAGAGAGAAGGUGGGGGGUUGUCAUAUUCAGUGAUGAAGGAUUCUUUGUGGGGUUUUAAUAUUAUAUAUAUAUAUUUAUAUAAAUUGUGGGGUUUGCUUUUUAGGAGAUGUGGGUGAGGUGAUGAAUGACGAUAAUGGUAGGGUAUCAGAUACUCUUUGGAUGUGAUUGGCCUGUUUAUUCACCCAGUUGUGAAUUUUUAAUUUGGGUACCACACGAACCACACCACGUUACACACAUUGUGUCCGUAUAUAUAGGAUUUAAAUUAGUAUAUUUUCUCUACGUAUACAUAAUAUGGAUUUUUCUCCCUCA